AUGGCUCGAUUUGUUCUGGCUGGAAAAGCAAGCGAUUCUGAGUUUGCACAGGUGGAAAUGAUGGGAUACUUUUUACAAGAGAAUCUACCUGAUUUUCAUGUAAAAGUUAUUCUUCAUACGGAUGAGUCCUGGAAGCUAUUUGUCCCCGAAAUGUUUAAUCAAUAUGCAUGGAAUAUACGGCCAGCACGAGAUAGAAAAAUACGAAAUCCUUAUGAUCUUGACCAGCUUAUAUGGGUCGAAUCGGGCGAGUUGAUAGGAAAUGCUCGAGAUUUCAUCAAACUAAUUCAUCAUAAUUAUGGAUAUGAGAAUCUGUUGGAUAGUGAAUUGCUGGACAAGAUUGUAGCAGAGAAUAUGACCAGUUUGAGUGCAUCCAUUCCUAUCUAA